AUGAAAGAUUCUGGUCCUUCAUCCAUCGGUGAAAGGACUGGUGUUCUGAUUCAUGGUACCAGCGAGGAUGUGCCACCAAACGCUAUUUUGUUGUCACCGUCUGAUGUAUAUCGCCUCAGGAAAUCACAGCUCUGGUCCUGGAAUAAUCGUUCGGAAGUUUGGCCGUUGAUUUACGGUCCUCGCUUGGCUGCGGCAACUGUCGGCAUAUCUUCUUUUGUUGCUAAUAUAAACGCAAGACAGUUGUUCAAUCUACGCGGACAAAAAUUCUUCUGGUCUACCAUCAUGCCUACUCUGGCAUUUCCUAUCACCUGCUAUUGGGCCGCCCAGGAACUUCUCAUUAAUCGCCCAAUCCUAUCUCGACCUCCUCAGCCGUGGAACGGAGAGGGGCCUUGUGACUUGUGUUUAGAGGUCCGCGCUUCGGUUCUUCAGGUAGGAUAUGGAGAAUCGCUAUCAUUUUUCUAUGUUUGA